AGCUAUUUUCCUACUAGUUCUAGCCGGUUUCAGGAAGUGCUUAGUUACUUAUCUAUCAUUCCUGCAGAUCAGCAGAUGGAUGUAUAAGUGAAUUUAGUGAAGUGACUCAGUCUCUCCAUUCAAAGCUCUGUUCAUACAUUAGAAUCUUCAAUAUAUAAUCUGGCAAGACACUUUACCAAAUAGAGCAAGAAACUGUUGACAUGGAUUAUGGCUGCAUUUCAGCAGCCACUCAGAUGUGGAGGAAUGAUUAUCAAGAAAGUUCUGGUUCAGUCUCAAGAAGAAAUAUUCCAUCUUUCAGCAGUUGUAAUUUCUCAAAUUUUGACAAGGAGGAGCCUGUACAUAUAACUGAACUUCAGCUGAGAGGCCAGCUACGUGCGUACGAUCUGGAAAUAAAGCGAUUGAAAAGACAGAACCCAUUUCACCUAGUGCUGGAGGACUUAGAUUUUCUCCAGAAAAUCACAGAAUUGAGAUGUGCUGCCAAGAAUCUUCUCUGGAUAACUGGACCGAGUGGGCUCGAGUGCUCGCUGCAACGGGUUGGACGAUCGGUGGGCGUGGAGCUCGGUGCUCCCCCAGACGACGGCCCAACGCGCCUCCACAACGGCAUCCUGCAAGCUGCAUUCAUGGAGGGCACUGCCAUCAAACAACGCAUGCUUGACGGCGCUACUAAUCAGGUUCCACGUAAAAUCAUCACCAAAUAUCUAGACGCAUGUCAGGAAAUGGAACUUCUUGAAAAUUUGCACCUCCUUGAGGACUUGGUCUCGUGUCUGGACGCGGCUCUUGAGAAGCACCCAAGUCUUCCCGCCUGCGAGAGAAGUGGCUGGUCCAGACCCACUUAUGUGCAGCUCCUUAAGAAGGCUUAUGCUUGGAAGCGAAAGUACGUAGAGUGCUGCGACAACGUAAGCACGGCCGCCGCAAGCUGUUGCUCCGUGUAUCAAGGUUACGCUACCAACCUGAACAACCUACUGAGCACAACUCUGUACAAUCACGAGCAGCACUCCCCUGCUGCGUCUGAUGAAGAUGCGACAGCGGAGAAAUCCUUGGAAGGCUUGGCCGCUUUGAAGCAGGAGCUUCAAAAACAAUCUGUGAAGAACCGGGCGGUCAAUUUGAGGACCGCCCUACAAGUAGAGGCAGAGCAUGCAAAAGAGAUGCACUGGGUUGUGGAAGCUCUCACUGCGUGUCGUCAGGAAUUAGAAGAUCGAUUGCAUAAAGUUGUUCUUGUGCGGCAACUGGUGGACUUCAUCGAGUUGCGUUUUGCUGCUCAAAAUAAUGGGUUUGCUGAGCCUCCUCAGGAUGACAGAGCUUGCGGCAAGGAUCUUACGCUCCUCGACUACGUCUUGCGAUCACGAUUCGAUGUUCCCGACAACGUCAAGGCUGCCGUUGUGUCCGAUGUCCUGAGAGAAUUGCGGGACUUUCAUGACAACAACAUGGCUUACCAGUUGCUGAGCCCUGUAAACAUCAUCGUCAAUGACGCGUUCAAUCUGCGUCCUCUACGAGAAGCAACAACCACCGAACCCCUUCCUCCCUGGCGCUUCUUUGCUCCUGAGCUUCGUCAGCGACAUGAUAGUCAUCUUCCCUCAGCCUCAAAGCUAUGCCGAAAAACACAGCUAGUGGCCAACCUUGCAUUUCCGGCGUCUAGUGUACCGCCAAACAAAGAUCUGACAGCUCUGAAGAAAAAUGCCAUCGGCUCUUCAACCGCUGUAAACUCAAGUUCUUAUCAUGAACGAGAGGUCUCUUCUUCCAACCUCAAAUCUCUGAAUGAAGAAAAUGAAAAAAUUGUUCUUGGUCGAGGUGAAGCUGAAAAGGCUUCUGAAGCCAUUUCCACUAAUCUUGCGUGUGACGUAUAUUCUUUAGGACAAAUAAUUUUGUGGCUUAUGUGUCUUGGCGAAAGCAUGGACACUCUGGAAGAAAAUAUGAACUCCUCUCUCGCAACCCACGCCGUUCUUAGAAGAAUGCUUACCAAGGAUGCCAUCGCUCGUCCGUCUAUUAACGAACUUCUCGAGUACGAUUGGUUCGGCUCACCAUCCACGUGCCCUGAAAAAUGUCACGACCCCUUGGUAGUGUUUGAAGAAAAGUGUGAGGAACUUCCUCUUAAAAUGACUUCAUGUGAUGACUAUCAUUUCUCGCCAAAUUCCGCGUUUGCUUGUGUUGAUAAAGCCCCAUGGUCUCAAGAGUUUCAAGAAGGGUGUAGCGUAUUAAAUCCGGACGAAGAUGUCGAGGUCACCAGGCUCAGGAUUUACUUGGAAGAAGAAGCUAUUAUGAAAGAAAUGGAAAGCAAUUCAGAUUCAGAACAUGAUGCUCCAGAACACUGCUUCAACGAUCCUCUAAAUAAUUGCACUGAAAUCGCUACGAUUAAGAAUCAUGUUGAGUCGUCUGGUGAUACCUGUAACCCUGACUCUGCAGAGUUACAGGUAUCACCAGAUGACUGUAACUCAGACUCUGCAUCAAUACUUGAUGAUAUAACUACCGGGCAAUUUCCUGUGAUUUUUAACGGUAAUGUGCAACCAGGAAAUAGAAUUAUUGUCGACACCGCUGCUUCCAUCAACGACCCAUUCGCACCUCAGACUCAGAGAAGUGAUACUUUCGAAAACGAGUCAUGGACGAGUACUUCGGAUAGUUGUGUGAGUGACACUCCUAGUGAAGCUGCAAAAAAAUAUCGCCACUCCAAAAGAGCGCAAGGAAAUAGCUCUCUCAAUGCAUUCAAUUACGCAUCUAAAUUUCUGCCAAAUCACCAUGUUGACGAUGAUGUUGAAAAGGCUUCUGGGAUUGUGUUUUCGAGACCCAGUGGGAAACCUUUUCAAACUCUUCCAUACAUCGCAAAUGGAUCGCCUUCUAGGGACAUUUUAUCUUUGCUGUCCACCUACGAGAACAGCACUAAAGAUAGUAAGGGUUCUACGAGUGGACCAGUAACUUCGCCUUGCUCAAAGGAGCAGAUUACCCGGAAUGAAAUAAAUUUAGAUUGCCAACCAAAAUUGGUUGGAGAAAAAACCGACGGCGACUCAGAGGACUCAAGUACUCUACACGAGUGCCUCCGCAAUUCGCCGCAAAUCAAGUCAAAGGCCAAUUCAUAUCCAGUCAAAACUAAUACUCAGAAGACUAAGCCAAUACUGAGGGGACGAAUACUAAACUUGAGAGAUGAAAGGGGCUCUAACCAGGUGGAAGCAUCUUCCCUGAACUGUUACCAGUCAGCGAAUGUACGCGCACCUGCGGGUAAUCUCUAUGAUCGGUGGCAAGACAAGAGUGGCUUGAUCGUCCCUAAAUCUGAAAAUUACAAGCCUUCGUUGUGUGGCGAAGACGAAGAAUUGCAUGAGGGACCGGAUGAAAUCCUCCUCAUUUUAGAAGAAGGUGACAAACCAUGAAUUUACUCGUUUCUAUGUUUCAGCGGAAGUAAUGCUGGUUGGUCUCUGGCACUUGAGUAUAAUUCCAUUGCAAGUUACAAGCACAAAUUCUGAUGUAGCAAAAUGUCGUUUUGCCUUGAUGAACGUUCUAUUGGUCAUCUUUGAUUUAGCUUUUAGAUCGAGUGGAGUGUAUUAAUUCGCUAUGAAUUAGAGGAGUAAAACCGAAUUAUAUACGCAGUUUUGAUGCUUAGAAAAUAGCUCAAUUCAUUUUUGCCAUUACAAUUUAAUUAGUAUCCUGUUGCAUUGCCGUUUUAUGUUAAUU